AUGUUCAUCUUGAACGGUGAUAGUUCAAAUAACAACAGAUCAUCCUCGCUUGGAAUGAGAUCGCUUGCAGCAGAUAAUGUAGCCGCACUUCCGUGGCUUUCAGCGAGAGAAGACUUGGGGAUGGUCAGGGAUAAGAGAUUUGAGUCAGGCUUCCAUACACCCCCCUAUAAUCAAGGAUUCCAUGCCUUUGAUCCUUCUCAAACCGCUUUCAAUUUGAGUCCUACGAUCCACCUGAACCCUGCCAGGGAAGCGGACCACUCUCAUCAAGCAAAACGAUUGCAUGUUGGUGAGGAAUGGGGUUCCUUCACAGAUAAGCAACAGGGCCAACCUUCGCAGGGUCUCGCAUUGUACUACCCAACUUUAACCCAACCGGACAUUCCUGGUAAUGUCCAGGACGACUACUGGAGAAACCAAAUGUAUCAAAACUUCGACCAAACGGUGUCUCCACAAGUUGCAAACAGCUUUUUAUUCCCGGAUGCAACUAUGUCUUCCACAAUCUCCAAAUCUCCCCUCUAUUCCAGCCAGACCCAAGAAUCACCAGCGAGCAGUAUCACUUUUGAUUCCUUGAAGUGCCAAGAUGGCCCCAGGCUGUCAAAUGCCAACUCAGAGACCAAUCUCUACUCAGAAUAUUUUGACCAAAAUGCUAAACCUAUUCCAUGGCCCAGUUUGGACCUUCUGGAUGGUAUAGUGCCUGCUCAGCAGGAAGACCCUUUCGAAGCCCUCAUCAGUAUUCCAUCAGAGCAGCUUAGCUCUGCUGAAAUUACACCCAGAGCGCAAUUGGCCCUGCCAUUUUCCCAGACUGAACAUACUGAGUAUGCUGACCCACCGAAGGUAAUUGAUAGAAAGAGAAAAACUGAGGAGCGCCUUAGAAGUCUCUAUGAUCGCGUGGGAGAGCCUGAGUCUUGCGACCAACCUAUUGAGUGUGGAUGCUGUGGUAAGACUGUCAAUGGUUAUAUAGAAUUGGCCAGGCAUAUGGACGAGGAGAAGCACUUGAGGGAGAACUUUUGUCCAGAUGAAAACUGUACCUUUUCCAUCAUUGGAUUCAACCGCCGGAUCGCAUUGCGAAGGCAUAUUUGCAACCACCACCUCAAGGAUUACAAUGCUAGAAGAAAAAUGGACCAGCACUAUUGUUCGCUUCAUGAAAACAAGGAUGAUCGGCUGGACAAGAUGAAAGAGUUCUUGGAUCUCGUUUACAUUUGUCGUGUCCCGCAAUGUUCCAGGGCGUUCUAUAGACUGGACAGUCUAUUACGUCAUCAGAGGUGUGUCCAUCAGCCAGGACCACCGCAUGUUAUGAAGCACCACUACUGA